AUGAAUGAUUAUAAUCAUAUAAAUAAUCAAUUAUUAAUUGAUACUAGUAGUGGUAUGGAACAUAUCACUAUAGAGAAUAAUAAUAAUUGCAUUAUAAAUAAUAUAGAUAAUAUUGAUUAUAACAAUAAGACAACGAAUCAUAUCAUUAAGAAUAAUGAUUCAAUUAUAUCGUAUAAGAAUAAUAAUAUGAGUUCAAUAAAUAAUUUAACAGAUAUAGAUAAUAAUGGAACAACUAUAAAUAAUCAGUUCCAAGAAAAUUAUAAUAAUAAUAUAAUAAGUGAUAAUAAAAAUAUGAACUAUUUCAGUUCUUUUUCAAAUGAAAAUACCAUUGAUGAUAAUGGUAAUGAUACAAAUUAUAUGAAUUAUGAUGAUAAUAUGAACAACAGUGAAUAUACAAAUAAUAAUAAUAUUAAUAUUAAUAGUAAUGAUAAUUUAAAAAACAAUAAUCAAUGUAAUAGUAUGAAUAUAACAGAUGAAUAUAUUAGUGAUAAUAAUAUAUCAAAAAAUAAUUCAACAAGUAAUAUAUUAGAAUAUCAUAUAAAUGAUAGUAGUAGUAAUAAUAAUAAUAAUAAUAAUAAUGAUAAUAUAAAUUUUAUAAAAAAGGAAGAAACGAUAAAAAAUAUGGAUGAUUUAUUUAUAAAAAAUGUUAAUGAUAUAAGAAGUUUUGAAAGAGGUAUAUUAAAUUUAACACAAGAAGAAUUUAUUUAUAUAUCGAAUAAAAUUCAUUUUUUAGGAUUUCGAUUUAUUGAAGUUCCAUGUGUUAAACCAAAAAAUGAAAAAAGAAAUACAUACACAGCUAUAUCAAAAAGACAUUUAAACGAGAUUAAGAAUUUAAGUUGUUCAUUAUCAAAUAGUAUAUAUGAUGCUGGGAAAAGAAAAUCAAAAAAAUCUUUUGAUCCCUUCUAUUCAAAGGAAGAAUUGGAUUCAAAAGUUUCUUAUUCACAUCAUGAUCAAAAGGAUACAAAAGAUACAAACAAGAAAAAAGGACAAACUAAUAAUGUAAAUAAUAAUGAUUAUAUUAAUGAAAAGGACAUAAAAAAUGCUAAUAUAAAAGAAGAAAAUCAUAAUGUAAAUAAUACUAAAGGAAGUAAUAAAGGUACGAAUAAUACGUAUCAUAAUAAUAAUUCAAUCAAAUCACAACAAGAAGGUGAUAAAUUGACAAGUAAUAGUAAAGGUGUAAAAAGAUCUGCUAGUAGCAAAUUUGAUGAUUUGGAUAAUAAACAUAAUAAUAAAAAUGUAAUACAUGGUACUAAUUUUGGAACAAAUAAUUCAUCUCCUACACAUAAUAAUAGUAAUACUGGUAAAGGAAAAGGUUCAAAAAUUAGUAAUUCAAAUAAUAAAAAGAUGAAUGAAAAGGAACAGAUGAAAAAAAGACAAAAAACGAAUAGUUAUAAUGAAGAUAAUUUAUUGGAUGAAUAUGAACAACAUAAGAAAACAUAUAAGAAAAAAAUAUAUAGAACAAAAAAUCCAUGGAAAACUUAUUGUUUUAAAAUAUUACAUAAAUUAAAAAAGAAAGAAAUAGCUUGUUGGUUUUUAAAACCAGUAAAUCCUGAAUUAGAUGGAAUACCAAAUUAUUUUAAUGUUAUAAAAAAUCCUAUGGAUUUUGAAACUAUUGAAAAUAAAUUAAUAAAUAAUAAAUAUAAUAAUCCUUUUGAGUGGCAACAUGAUGUAAGACAAAUAUUUUUUAAUGCAUUCACAUAUCAUAAAGUAAAAAAUUGUGUAUGGAAUGAUGCAUAUAAAUUAGCAAAAGAAUUUGAUAAAUUAUUAAAACAAGGAAAUGAUGUAAAAAAUAUAUUAAAAGAUUGUACAAAGAAUAUUAAUUCUGUUUAUUUUAAUAUGAAACAAUAUAAUGAUUUGGUAGAACACACCAAUAACACUAAUAAUAAUAUAAAUCAUAAUAAUAUUAGUAAAACUGUUACAAAUACAAGUAUUGAUGAUUUGAGUAGCUCUUUGUCUUCUUCAAGUACUAGUAGUAGCAGUAGUAGUAGUAGUAGUGCUAGUAGUAAUUAUGAUGAUGAAGCUUAUGAUAAUAUAAGUAGUGCAAAUUAUAAUAAGAGAGAUAGUCAAUUGCAUAAAAAUGCUCAUGGUAAAAAGUCAAGUAUGUAUAUGACUAGUGCAUCUACAAAUACAUUAAAAAAUAAUUUAAAUUCAAACCAAAUAUAUUUCCCACAUGGAAAAAAUAAAAAGAAUGAAAAAAUUAAUAAAUCAAGUAAAUAUAGUAUAAGUAAUAAUAAUAAUAAUAAUAAUAAUGUAGGUAACAAAAAAAGUAUAAGAGAUAAUAUAAAGAACAAAAAAGAUGUUAAUUCAAAUACAGUCGAUAAUGAUGAUUUUGAGCCUCCAAGUGUAGGAAUUAUACCUGAACCACCUGGUAUUCAAAAAAUUGGUAUUAAUGAUAAAGGAUUAAAUAAUUAUCAAGUUACAUUACUAUUUAAAAAUUUUAAAAGAUUAGCACCAAAUCAAAGAAAAGCUGCUCUAGAAAUUAUACAAGAUGAUUUAGGUAUACUUGCAGAAAAUCAUAUGUUUGAUAGAUUCUUUACUUUUGAUACUGAUUUAUUAUCUAUUGAAAAACAAAAAAGAAUCUUUUUAUAUAUUAAUCAUAUGGGAAGAAUUAAUUUAGAACAUUAUAAGACUUCUUUAAUUAGUGCAAACAAAGUGAACAAUCCUAGUUUUUCUAAAGGAAAAAUACCUCAAAAAAUUGUUCCUAAUAAAAGUUUUAUAAAACAUGGUAGUAAUAAUAGUAAUAUUAAUGCUCAUUAUGAAAAGAGGAGAACUAAUCGAUAUGUAUCUUCAUCAUCCAAUUCAUCUGACUCGUCUACGUCCAACUCAUCUGAUUCAUCAACUUUUUCAACCUCUAGUGAUGAUUCAGAUUCUGAUAGUGAUUCAGAUAUGGAUUCAGAUUCAUAUGAUAAGAAAAGAAAAAUUAAAAGACCAUUCCCAAAUGAUAAAAAAAAAGAAUUGUCAAAUAAAUUUCUAGAAGCAAAUAGAAGAAAAUCAUUACCUCAAUACAAACCUGUCAAUGAAAAUAGAAAAAGCUUACAAAUAAGAGAUGAUGUUAUGGGUAUGCAUGCAGAUUUUUUAGGAUCAAUGGAUUCACCAAGAAAUACCAAGAACAAACAUAGAGCAACAGUAAGUGCAUGGCCAGAAUGGAAAGGACAAGUAAUACAACAAGCUAUUUUAACACAACACAAAACUAAUGUACCUAUAAAUAAAAAAGAAUUGAUAGCCGAAGGAUAUGAUGCUAAAAUAUAA